AUGACCACAGAAGCAGUCAAGAAACAAAAAUUAGAAUCAACCGAAAGUCUUAAAGUUUACUUGCGUUCCUCAAAUGCAAAAUUACCUACAAAAGGAUCAGUAUUAGCUGCAGGUUACGAUCUCUACUCCUCAGAAGAUUCACAAAUACCAGCCCAUGGUCAAGGUCUUGUCAGUACUGAUAUUUCUAUAAUUGUCCCUAUUGGCACCUAUGGACGUGUAGCUCCACGUUCAGGUCUUGCUGUCAAACAUGGAAUUUCAACCGGUGCUGGGGUAAUUGAUGCUGAUUACCGGGGUGAAGUUAAAGUUGUCUUGUUUAAUCAUUCAGAUAAACAUUUUGAAAUUAAAAAGGGAGAUAGAAUUGCUCAAUUAGUUUUGGAAAGAAUUGUAAAUGCCGAUUUGGAGGAAAUUGAUUUGGAAGGAUUGUCAAAUACUGAACGUGGUGAAGGAGGAUUUGGAUCGACUGGUAAGAAUUAG